CCCGUCAAAGUGUUAACGAAGUAGGUAAUCAAUUACAUUAUUUUAUCAGUUUGAUUAAAUUUAAAAUGUAGAAAAGGAUUAUGUAAUUAAAAGGUAGUGUAUUGUUUAUGUCUCUAAACCUAUGGCAGUGUCCAAAGAUUUAACUAUUUGCAGCGGUUAUAUCCACAAAAGCCUGUCAAGCUAACUUAGAAUAACAUAAAUAGAGUGGAGGAUAAACAUAAAGUCUAACAUGACAUUUAUGCAUACUUAUGAAUUACUAAUGGUCUUAGUCACAGUUAAUAAGAUGAGUAUUAUAUGUUGUGAUUCAUGAUGGUGGAGGAAUGCUUUAAGCCAUUAAAGCCUUUACUAAGAUUUCUGCUCGAUGAUGAAAAUUAAAAUAAGACCAGGGUACAUCCAGGCCCCAAAACAAUUUACAAAGCAACAGAAACAGCUGUUGUCAUGGCGUGCCACUGCAGUCAUCAAACUCUUUUUAAAGACCCGCUUGAUGUUCUUUUAGAUGACCUCAGAUGAAUCAGUCCAUUGGAAAAUUAAAUCACUCCCUCUGGACUCAAUUUUACCUUCAUUAUUUCUUUCUGAUUUCAAUUUAUUCUUUUAACCUGGAUGGACAAAACCCCCUCUGUUUUUAGUCUCGACGUGACUCAAUCAAUAAUAAUUUACAUCACGGCAGUGAGGUGAAUUUUUAAGGGAGGAGUAUUCACUUUUUUGCUCCUUUACUGUUUCUCCCCAGAUUUAAAUGGUUAUUCAUUUACAUCCUUGAGAAAAGCAACACGUUGUCGACUUAAAGUUUUGCAAAACGUGUCAGAAAGCGUGUCUUGGUGUGACUCAGUUUUGACAAAAUUACCAAAAAUGUUAAUCCUAUUACCAGAAAAUAACAUGAUUUCAGUCAGCCAGCUAAACAUAAAUGUCUAAAUGUCUAAAUAUGCAUCAGAAGUCACCACAGAAAUCAGUGGACUUAGCAUCUAGGCUCUGACUUUGUCGCUGCAUGGCCAUGUUGCUCGUCAUGGUAACCAUCUCCUAGACUGAGCAGACCUCAAAGCCCAUAGGUGGAUGCCGGAUGGUGGACUGACUGAAAGACAGACAUGCAGAAUGAAGCAGAAAAGCUGCAGCUUGAAUAGAGCACCCAAAGUGAUGAGAGAUGUUUGUUACUUUCUGUGGAGAGCGAGGAAGGUCAGGUCCACUCAUUUAUACAAAUUAUUUUUUGACUUAUUUCAUGAUUUAUGUGUUAUUAAGCUAAUAAUUCCAUUUAAGCAAAAUAAAAAAUAUAAAGGAUUUUUUUUCCCCUAAAAACUGAAAAUGACUUGUUAAAAAGAAUAAAAUAUGUACUUCCCAGCUGACAUAGUAACAAUGUAGAAUUUCUGCUUUAUUUGGCUCAUUGAGACUUUAGCAAACGGAUGCAAAAGUGGGAUCUGCCCACAAUAUACUGACCGUUUUGACUCGUUAAUGCUGCCUGAGUAGCUUCUGUUUGUUUACCUGGCUGUGAUAGUAGAAAGUGGAGAUUUAUUUAGGUUAGGCCCGCAGGCGAUGGACUGAACAGCCCUCUGACAUUGCAGAAGAGCCCAGCAGGUCAAGUAAUGUUGACAUUUGUACACCUUGACUUUUCAUUGUUUGAAUUAUUCAAAAAUGUUUUUAUGAAAAGGUUUACGCUAACAUAGAAAGCAGUCAACUUUGUCCCAGUAGCACAUUGCCAAAUAGAAAGACCUGCAGGUUUGGUUAAUCGGCCGAUGGCCUCUUUCUCUGGUGACCAGUGUGCCAGGAAACCGUGUGGGAGGCUUUCAAGAUCUUCUGGGAUCGAUUGCCUGAGCAAGACGAGUACCAAAGCUGGAUGAACCAGUGCCAGGAAGGCACAGUCACUGUGCAGGAUAUUGGCAGCUAUUUUACCCAGUCAGAGGAGCAUCAGGCUCUGGUCAAACAGAGAACGUCGCAUUCAGUUUUGAAAAGUGAGCCCACCCGGUCCUGGAAGCAUAUGUGCAGCACACCAACACCAGCGAGUUCAGAAACAGUUGAAGCCCCUGAGUUAGAGGAAAUAGAUAAAAGAAAGGACAUCGCAGACGUCAUUUCACCAGAGGUGGAAGAGAGUCCACUGUUCAAUGAAAUCACCAUUCAGCCCACGGCUGCCCCCGUUCUGGAGCAGGUGGUGGAGCUGAGCAUCCUCCUGACUGGAGAGGUCUUCAGCAACGAGCUCAGAGAUCCAGCCAGCCUCAAGUUCCAGAUGCUCAGCAGAGAUCUUGCGGAAAAGAUAGAAGAUGCUCUAGAGGGGCUUCCCGGCUUUAAGAGUGUGUCUGUAAUCGACUUCAGACCACAGAAGGACACUCAGUGGUUGGAUGGCAUUGUGGUGGAUUAUGCAGUCACAGUAGCGGUGGACGGAGCCGGAGUGAGCCCUGAACAACUGAACUACCUGACCCUGCAGUCCAACCUGGUGGAGAACUCGUAUCGAGAGAUCAAGGAUCCCCCCACAGUGGUCUACACCAUCAGCGAGAUUAAAAACAUCUUCACCGAACCUCGUCACAUCGACGAGCUGGAGAGUGUGUCUGAGAUUCCUGAGCCUGUCAGCGCUGCACACGAAGUGACGGGCAUUGACCUAUCAGAAGUCUUGACCCUGGAUCAUCCUACUGGCGGUGGAUCACCACCACCAGUAGGACUCAACACCCUGGCACCAGAAGAGAACAUCGUUAUUCUGGAGGAGAGUGAACUAGCGUCACCCGAGGCGGCACUGGCCACCAAUCCACCUGAAGCUGGUAGCAUUAAGGAGGAAGAUCUGUUGUCAGAGGAUGUUGUGCCAGCUCCGUCUCCAAUGACCUUCCCACCUAAAGAGCUCCUACCUGAGCCUCCCUCCCAGGAGACGCCAAAGAGCUCCACAUUGCCUGAGCCGCCAAUAGAAAUGGAGGCUUCUGGGUCAGGGCGAGAUAACCUGGACAGUUUAAUUGAGCCAUCCAUUGAAGAAGACCAAAUAUCUCUUGUAGAGACUGAAGAUGUUGAAUCAGAACCUGAACAAGAAAAAGUUGAUCGUGCUUCAGUUGGAGAGGAAUCACUUGCUACAACCUUUGAAGAGGGGCACCAAGAUGAGGUUGAGAUUACAGAAAAGUCUGAGGUCUCUACAGUUUUAACUAAGACCAUAAUAGAACAAGGCCAGCCAGCUAUUUUACCCCCAACAGAGACUCUGAAUAUACCAACUGAAGUGUCAGAGCCUGAUGUAGCCAAAGCCACGCUGCACUCUGAUGUUGAUGAACUUGUGGUUCAGGCACCAGAGGACUCUAGCAAAUUUGACAAAGUCCCUGACGAGAAUGUAGGGAUCAAUGUGAUUUUUACCUAUCCUGAGGAACCUGCAUUUGAUGAAAAAGGCUUUGACGAGACAAUUGAGAGUGAUGGAAGUAAAGUGAAAGAGGGAUCUUUGUCUGAAGCCAAGGAUAUAGAGGAAGAGGCACCUCUGACACCAGAGAUCUUAGCAGGAGAUCUUGUGGAGGAUGACAUUUUGCUCGUCAACAGAGACCAUUCGAAGUUACCCGGGACAGACUUCCCACGUCAUCCACUGCCAACUGCCCUGUCUCCAGAGAAGGAGUCCCCUUUUACCAUCAUCUCAUCCAUUGUCCCAGAUUUUGAUGCCCUACCUGACAAAGCCAUAACUUCAAUGGUAAAGACCACUCAGGAGGACCUGGAUGCCACCCCUGAAGAUCACGGAUAUGACCUGAUUCCUUAUGAUUAUGGCUCGUCAAACCAGACAGAGGAAGGCAGCACUGGAUCCCCAUUCAGUGUGGCCCAAGGCACAGACCAAGUCAGCAUUGCCAUGCCUAUAAACCCGAGGCGAGCUCUGAUAGUCUUCUUCAGCCUGAGAGUGACCAACAUGGUAUUUUCUGAAGACCUCUUUAACAAGAGCUCCCCAGAGUACAAGGCUUUGGAACAGCGCUUCCUAGAACUGCUUGUGCCCUAUCUUCAGUCCAACCUGAGCCACUUUGAGAAUCUGGAGAUCUUGAACUUCAGGAAUGGGAGCAUCGUGGUCAACAGUCGGAUGAAGUUUGGGAAGCCGGUGGCCCGGGCCGUCACCACUACUGUGUAUCUAAUUCUAGAGGACUUCUGUAACACUGCGUACCAGACCAUGAAUCUAGCCAUUGAUAAAUACUCUCUGGAUGUGGAGUCGGGUGACCAAGCCGAUCCCUGCAAGUUCCAGGCGUGCAACGAGUACGCAGAAUGUAAAGUGAACAAGUGGUCAGGGGAAGCGGAGUGUGUCUGUAAUGCGGGCUACUUCAGUGUUGACGGCCUUCCGUGUCAAAGCAUCUGUGAGCUGCAGACAGACUUUUGCCUCAAUGACGGCAAGUGUGACAUCAUCCCUGGCCAGGGAGCCAUCUGCAGGUGUCGUGUUGGAGAGAACUGGUGGUACAGAGGUGAACACUGUGAGGAGUAUGUGUCUGAGCCUCUGGUGGUUGGCAUAGCCAUAGCCUCUGUUGCUGGUUUCCUGUUUGUGGCGGCCGGAGUGUUGUUCUUCCUGGCCAGGACACUUCGGGAUCAGUACGACAAGGAAGAGUCAGAGGAUCCCGUACGGCGGGUGGAAAGUCUUCCAUCAUUGGAAAGGGCAACCAAAUACAACCCUAUGUAUGAAAGUGAAGCCACAACAGGCUACAGCCACUAUUACCGUCGUUAUCCCGAAGCGCCUAUGUACAGCAGUGCCAGCGCCGAGGCAUCCACCGACUUUAGCAGCGAGGAGAUACGGCACAUCUAUGAAAACAGUGAGCUGACCAAAGAGGAAAUCCAAGACAGGAUACGCAUCAUUGAACUCUACGCUAAGGACCGGCAGUUUGCAGACUUUGUGCGGCAACAUCAAGCAGUUCUGGAUACCCAGAGAGAAAGCUCCUCUAUGCACACAUAGAACUGUAAUGAACAAGAUACUAAACACGCUUCCUGAUCAAAAAUGAAGCUUCCUGUCAAGAUGUUUCUAUGAUCGCCAUGUUCCUCGUAGUACGGACUGUGUUUAGAUUAUUUUCAGCACUUUUGUAACAGAAACAGUAAGUCUACAUCUAUUGCUCUUUGCAUAAGUGGGUGUUGACCAUUCAUUCAUAAACCUCUGUGCCUUCUGAUUGGGUGAGUCUCCUGUGAUGCUGCGGCCCGUUUCUGCUCAUGUUUUUGCUGCUUAACUACCAAACCUUUGGGAAAACCGGGCCGCAUCCUGUUAUUUGAACAGAAACGCAACGACCAAACCAACAAGUAACUAUUGUUUUGUGGGAUAACUGUUUAUUUGCAUUAUCUUCUAUCUGCCUUCUCUUAAAGGGGAAGAACAUAUAUUGUGAUAUGUUUGUAUAGUUAAACUGACAUUUGUCCAUCUGAGAUAUAUGUCGUUUUUUGAUCUAUGUCAUGUUCAGAUGUAUUUCUUAGCUCUAUCGAAGAGCUAUCAAAACUUAGGUAACUUUUAGUUGUUGGUGCUAUUCUAAUUUUAAAAACUCCUUGAGAUGUAUAAUGUCGUCGUUGAGUCAUUUACAGUUUGAAGCCGGCACCAAUGGAUGGACUCUUUUGUAGAGUACAAGUAUAAGUCAACAUUUUGGGAAAUGCAGAAAAGGCCAAAUUAUAGUUUGUCUCUGUGUUCACUGAUGUUUGAAGCAGUCAGCGGUAAAGAUAUGUCGUGUCAUGUCUCCCACCUUACCUACAUGAGAAAAAAAAAAAAUACUUCUCUAGAUGUUUAUUUAAUAGAACAAAGACCUUCAAUGGAAUCAUUUAAAUCAAACCACAUGCAUGUGCUUAAAUGGCCCAGUCAAAGUCCAGACAGUUUUUAGUUUUGUGGUGGUCAUAGAUGUUCUCCAUCUCUAAAUCUGCCAAAAACCUCAGGGACAUUUUCCAAUUAAUCGACUCAGUGAUGCUCAAUACUUAUCAACAACAAACAGAUUUUUGUUUGGAAAAAUUUCUCUUAAGCAUUUAGUGUCUUUAUUGUACUCCACAGUUUCUCUUCACUUUGUGUUGGAUGUCCGUCUCUAAUAUCUCCCUGAAAUACCCUGGUUUGUAAUUGUAGUGUGAAAAAGUUCAAGAGGUAUGAAUAUCUUUGCAAAGCACUUUAGUCUUGACUGAUUGCCUAUUUCUUGGAAAAUAUAAAGCAGGAAAAAGCUGCACUGUUCUGAAGAGUAAAAGCAACAGUUUACUGUCUCAAUUUUUCACCUCUCCAGUUGAUUUAUUUGCCUUUUUUUAAUGGAUAUUUGUAGGUAAUAAUAAACUUUACCUGAGUGAAGUUGGUGCCACCCUCACCUUCUUCAAAUUAAACAAAAUUGGUAUUGAACGUUUGUGCUGGUUUGCGCUGCUCUCAUUUUAAAGUUGCUAAUAAAUGCUCCCAGGGGUCAAUGAAGGUCAACCAGACAGUCCACAGUUACAAAAUCAAAUGAAAUCUGGUGUCAAUCAACAGUACUAAAGUUGUGCUGUUUUGAGCAGAAACAUUUUUUUUGUUUCUUGACGUCCUCGGAAAUCAUCCUACCCUCCUCCCUACAUUAACAAAAUCAAACAAAACUGGUAUAAAUUAGUUGUGUUAUGUUUGUGCUGGUUUGUGUUAACAUCUUCUUAGCGCUGUUGUUUGACACCAAACCUGCUUGAUUUUGUAAAUGUGGUUGACAUCUGAUCGUCUCUGGAAACAUUUAUUAGAAUCUUUAAAAUGAUAGCAACACAAACUACCAUUUUUACUGCACAAACCUUUGGCACCAAUUUUGUUUGAUUUGAAGAAGGUGUGGGGGUGCAGCUUCACUCAGGUAUAAGCAUUUGGGCCUCCAAAUGCCUAACAAGGCAGAUAAAAUGUAUUUAGAUGGAAGUCAUGAAGACAUUCAGCCCCUGGAUUUGAAUCCUGCUUUCACUUUCACAUUGAGACGAUUGAGAGUCCCGGAAAAGCAGAAAGCAAAACAUGACAAACAACAGAUGCUCUCAGUAAAGAUAUACAUAGAAACUUCUGUACUGCUGUCUGUCUUUUCAAUCUGAAACUUUCUAGAUGACUAAUUCCAGUGUUUCCUAUGGUAUCCAUACACUUUCCUCUGGAUUUGUUAUCCUUGACCCCACUCGUUCAUGGUGUGGCCCUUCACAUCUGCACCUGGUUAUGUUCUGCUUGUGUACGCUGUCAGAAAGCAUGAGCGUCGGUUCUCUCUGGAGGUCACAGCUCCACACAUAGAUCAUGCUUCAGAUUUUUUGUCAGGAAUAAAUUGUUCUCUUAGUCAUCUACCCGAGUGGAAAAAAAAAAAAAUACAUUUUCGAAGCAGACCCCUGUGUCACUGUCAUGCCUUUUGCAAUCUGUCAGUUCAGUUUUAUUGUCUUGUUUUUGUGCAUGUAUCGAGUUAUCACUAUCCUUCAGCAUCUGCCACCUUGUUAAACGGCCAGAAAUCAAACACAGUGCUCAUUCAUGUAAAUAACUCUGUCACUGCAACAUAGGGUAUUAAUCUUGCAAGUCUCCUGUGUCUCUUUGUUUUAUAUUGAUGACUGUAACCAGUGCUAUCAUCUUGUGCAGCUGUAACAGGUUAAAAAAAAAUAAUUAAACGCUUUAUAUAUACUGCU